AUGGCAGGCUAACAGACGAAACCUAAAAAUUAAAGUUUAUUUAACAAUGAAUUAAUUGACACAGUGAAGAUAUCUCAUAAAUUAAGAAAGAAUCAAUCAAUGAUAUAAAUGGAUCAAUAAUCACCUUAACUAACUAAGAACUCAUCCUUUCAUCGACCCAAUUCAAGUGUGAAGAUAAAGAAUAGUAAUAGUGUUUCUUGCGAUUAGACUCAAAUUCAAAAGAUAAAAGAAAAAAUCAAAGUGCUUCUACAAGAUAGAGAGAAUAACUGGUAAUAGGAUUAAAAAGAAAUGGCAUUUAUGAUUAAAUUUAAUUAAACCCUAAACCAGCUAUUAGCAAUCAUGUUUCAAGAUUAACAAAACACUUAGCCAACCUCAACUUAAGAUACGAAUCAGGCUCUGUAAAUCGAUUGUUUCUUCAAGAGAUAAAUCUAAAUUCUAUAACAAUCAUUUUAACAACAAACAGAAAAGAAAAAAAUGGAAAAUAUUCUUAUUUCUAUUAAAAAGAAGCAUGAGAGUCUAUUAUAAGAACAUAAUUAGUUAUUAGAAAUUAAGAAAUCUCAAGAUGAAAUAAUUGUUAAUUUGUAAUAAUAAAUUAAUGGAUUGUCAGCUUAGAUUUAAGAGUAAGAUCAAGUAGGAUAAAACGACGCAGAAAUCUUGGAAUUGAAAUAUUUAGUGUAAGGAUAGUUCGAAGCAAUCUAAAAACUACUUCAAAGAGAGCAAUUAACUAAAAUAUUCUUGAAACGAGUCGGAGAUAGUUCAAUAAUAGAAAUGUUCGAAUAGUUUAUCUAGAAUACAGAAUAAGAGAAUCCAGAUGAUACAGAAGGAAACUUAAACAUAGAUAUUAAUCCAAUAAAUCAACCUAAUACUCUUAAUAAACUUUAAACUCCCAAAUAAAAACUUAGUUCUCCUGAAUAAAAUACUUAUCCUCUCUAAAUCUUGUCCUAAUAUGAGGAUAUUUACAAGUAACAGUUAAACCUAUGUGACUCUUUAUUGGCAGAUGACUCAAGAAUAAAUGAUUCUGAGGAAAGUAGUUUUGAAUACAAAGGCAAGGAAUAAGCGACUGAGAUAAGUUGUUACUUCAACUUGGCAUCUCAAUUUGUUAAGCCACAAAUCAAAAAAAAGAGUAACUAGACUAUUUCCAAAGAGAAAUUGAAAAUAAAUAUGAUGAAUGUCUUAUUAGCUUAAGCUGCUCAAAAACGCUAAGAACUUUUGGAAUAGUAAUAAUAACAGUAAUAGAAAAUUUUGCCUGAUGACAUACUGGAUGAAGAUUAAAUAGAUCCAAACAUAUCUGAUGAGGAAGUAUUUAAUUCUUAGAAAUUAGUAUUGAAAUUUUGA